AUGCUUCCUGAAGUAAAUCGCAACGCAAGUGACAAUACUUCACGAAAGAAUGGAGACCAUGGAGAUGCUGUUUUGACGGAUAAUUCUAGCGCAAAACUGAAUCGAAACUUUAAUGAGUAUGCUAAAAAAUCUAAAAAAAUUAUCAGUUUGGAAGGGACUGGAGAUAGCAACUAUAAUGGACAGAAUUCUCAAGAUGACAGCAGAGAAAAUCAAUCCAGUACAACUAGGAAAAGAAAGAGAUCUUUAGCUGCCGCAGAAGUUCAAGAAUUAAAUAUAACUAAUAAUUUUAAUUCGAAAAUACUUAAAAAAUUAACAGCAGUAGAUGAUGAUGCGAUCAUAUCACCAAGUAUAAAAAAAGCAAAGAAAGCAACAGCAGACGAUGACACCGUUUCGAUAGAAAAUCCACGUGCUAAACAGUUCAAAAAAUUGAAGAAAGAAGAUGAAUUGGUUGAAAGUAGUAAAAUCAUUAUAAAGUCUAAAAAGUUUAAAAUGAAAAAUUUAAAAGCUGCUGAAUCUGGCAUUACAGCCAGUUUCACGUCCAGUAAUUCUAAAAUGCCCGAAACUGCAAAGCUAGAAGGCAACAAACUGAUAAAAUCCGCAUCACACAAGCCAAAGAAAAUCAGCAUCGGAAUCGAAAAUAUUGAAAAGGAUAAAAGUAGUGAUCUGUAUUCAGAUAGCGAAGAGAAAAGUAAAAAGUCAACUAAAAACCGAUUGCGUUUGACCGGUAAUAAAACGAAGGCUUCAAAAAAUGCUGAUUUAAAUGUUACAUCAGAUACUUUCGAGACACUGAAAGAAACCGAUAACAAGAAGAGUAAGGCUAAGCUAAAGAAGAGGUGCAAAGUUGAUGCCAUUAAAGUAGAAGGUAAUACCUCUACCACCAUCGAUGCAUCACCAUCGAUUGCUAUUAGUGAAGGCCUUAAAGUCCGAAAUCAAGAAAAACAUACCCUAACCAAAGUCACGAAAAUGGAUACUCCUAAAUCUCUUGAUGCAAAGGCUAAGGCUGACAUCUUAAAGCCAUCGAAAAAACGUAAAGCAAAAGGUGACAUAAAAUCGAUGGCUGCCCUAUCAGAAAGCAACGAAGAUUCGAUAGAGAAAGGCGAUGGAAAUCAACAAAAGAAAUCCUUAAAAUUAAAGAAAGCCAAAAUGCAUGCUAAAAAUUCUACAACGUCAUCUUCUGUUACUAAUUCCAAUAGAUCCACUAAUAAAGAAGACCGCCACGCUAUCGAUGCGCUUUUAUCCGCACGAUCCGGCGUUAUUGCAAUAAAGAAACAACAUUCUGAGAAACUAAAAAAAGAUAAGGUUGUUUUCGAUCCUAAUUUUUUAACUGAGAGCGAUAAAAUUGGUACUGGAGGAAUCAUUAAGUGGGAUUGA